AUGGAAGUCAUGGAGCCGGACGCAAAGCGCCGCCGAAUCCAGGGCAAGAAGCAAAGUACUCUCUUUGCAUUUGCUCGACGGCCAGCCACACCACUGGCUGCAGAUGAGCAAUGGAAAAUUGCGAGUUUCAGAACGGAAUGGGUUCCAAAAGUAGGUGAAGACUGGUGCAACGCAUUGCUGCCUGUUCUAAGGACACCAUCAGUGCAGAAGACCAUCGAGCAGGUCGAGGAGAUGCGCAAGGUGAAACGUAUCUUUCCUCCUGUAGAAGAUGUUUUCAAGGCCUUUCGCGCCACUCCUCUGGAGAAAGUGAGGGUCGUGAUUGUUGGACAGGAUCCAUAUCAUGGCUGUGGCCAAGCAAAUGGAUUGGCAUUUUCUGUGGCGCCAAAUGUUGCAGUCCCACCCAGUCUCAUCAACAUGUUAAAGGAAGCCAAUGCCUUGCCCACAACUCACGGAAAUCUUACACAUUGGACAGAACAGGGAGUCUUGCUGUUGAACUCCGUCUUGACAGUGGUGGAAGGCCAGCCAAACAGUCACAAAAGUCUUGGAUGGGAACGACUGACGGAUGCAGCAAUUCGAGCUGUCAGCAAAGACCUUCAAAAUGUGAUUUUCCUUCUAUGGGGGAGAGAUGCGCAAGCAAAGGCCCACUUGGUGGAUAGAGAGCGCCAUGUGGUUCUGACGGCGGGUCAUCCAUCUCCGCUUUCUUAUGAACGCCACUUCAAAGGGUGUGGCCACUUUCAGAAAGUGAACCAAUUGCUGUCAUCCAGAGGUGAGAAGGAGAUCGUGUGGAGCUUGCCAUGA